AUGGACAGAAAGUCACAGUUACAACCGAUGGUCCAAUUGACCCUGGUUGAUUCUGCCUUGCAAUCUCGCGUAGAGUCUCUGACGCGAAAAGCCAACAGCGAAUUCAGCCUAUGUGGAGCCAGAGACAAUAUUAAGGCUCCUACCAAGUCAUUGUUCUGGCAACAAGGAAAGAGUCUAACUUUCAUACUAACCUUUGAGUCAGAACAAGAACGUAACGCAGCCAUAGUCCUUGCUCGAAAAUACGCUUUCGAUUGCAAUGUUACAUUGCUUGGACCAGAUGAUUAA